CUAGGGUUUCUGUUGCGGAGGCGCCGGGCAGGAGAGAGAGGGAGGAGCGAUGGCGGACACCGAGGAUGUGGGCGCUGGCUCCGUUCAGCCGAAGAAGCGUACAUUCAAGAAGUUCUCCUUCCGCGGGGUGGAUCUCGAUGCGCUGCUCGACAUGUCGAAUGACGCGCUCGUGGAGCUCUUCCACGCUCGCGCCAGGAGAAGGUUCCAGAGGGGUUUGAAGAGGAAGCCGAUGGCGCUCAUCAAGAAGCUCCGCAAGGCGAAACGUGAGGCCCCGGCUGGUGAGAAGCCCGAGCCAGUGCGAACGCAUCUCCGGAGCAUGAUCAUCGUCCCAGAGAUGAUUGGCAGCAUCAUUGGCGUCUACAACGGCAAGACGUUCAACCAGGUGGAGAUCAAGCCCGAGAUGAUCGGACACUACCUGGGAGAGUUCUCCAUCUCGUACAAGCCAGUCAAGCACGGGCGUCCCGGUAUCGGUGCCACACACUCGUCCAGGUUUAUUCCUCUCAAGUAGAGGCUGAAAGGAGGAUGUUUUUGUAACGCUGUUUUGAGCUAUAUGCUAAGUUGAUUCUCUAAA